AAAAAGUUGAGUGUACGAGGGAAGAGUCUCAGAGACUGUGAAAAUCAAAAUCCUCUCUCACAGUGCGUGCCACGAUUCGGUCCCCAUCUUCUCUCCAUCUCCGUCUUGUCCGUCGAUUUGUCUCCUUCUCUUCUACUCUCUCUGCCAACUUUCUCCAGAUCAUUACUCCUCUCUCUCUGCCGUCUUCUUCUCACUCUGUUCUCUCGAUUCACACUCUGCAUUUGGAUUGGUGUCUCUUUAAUGCUUCGAGGAUCUCACUUUAUAUCUUCUCCGCCGACUUCGAUCUCUUCAGUUUCUAGUACUCCUCUGUUUUCUCAGGAUAAAAGUCUCUGUCUGUAAGCAAAUCAACAUGCCUCUGUUUGAGCUUUUCAGGCUCGCCAACGCUAAUCUUGAAUCUUCUCAAAACAAUAACCCUUCUCCAACUGUGGAUGAAGUUGUUGAGCUGGUUUGGGAAAACGGUCAGAUUUCAACUCAAAGCCAGUCAAGCAGAUCAAGAAACAUUCCACCACCACAAUCUAUUCACCAAGCAAGAGCUAGAGAGAUUGUAAAUGGCUCAAAGAUGAAAAUGGUGGACGAGAUCCCAAUGUCAGUGCCGUCACUUAUGACCGGGUUGAGUCAAGACGAUGACUUGGUUCCAUGGCUGAAUCCUCAUCAAUCUCUAGAUGGAUAUUGCUCUGAGUUCUUGCAUGAUGUUUCUCCUGUUACUGUCAAUGAACAAGAGAGCUUUCAGAGAAGAAACAAUGGCAAUGGAUCAGCUCCUGCUGCUUCCUCAUUACACUUCAACGGUUUCCAGUCACAUUCUCUGUAUACAAGUGAUAGAUCUAGAGAUUCUAUUAGCAAGCCAGCCAAACCAGAUCAAUUUACUCAGAGACAGGAACCGUUAGUAACUAGUAACAAGCCUGGUCUGAUCAACUUUUCGCAUUUCUUACGCCCUGCAGCUUUGGCUAAGAGUCCUAAUGACCAUCAUGUCUCUAAAGAGAAGAGUCCGCAAAGCUCGCCGAAUGUGUUUCAGACCAGAGUUCUUGGAGCUAAAGACAAGGUUCUCAACGAGUCUGUUGCUUCUGCUAUGCCUAAGGAUAAUAACCAAAAGGCUUGCCUAGUUUCAGAAGACUCGAAUAGAAAAGACCAAGAGAGUGAAAAGGCCGUUGUAUGUUCUUCUGUUGGCUCUGGUAAUAGUCUCGAUGGGCCAUUAGAGAGUCCAUCACUGUCUUUGAAAAGAAAGCAUUUGGAUGUUCAAGACAUUGAAUGUCAUAGCGAAGAUGUUGAGGGAGAAUCAGGAGGAGAUGGAAGAAAAGAAGCAGCUCCAUCUCGAACAGGCAUGGGUUCCAAGAGAAGCCGCUCGGCUGAAGUACAUAAUCUGUCUGAAAGGAGACGGCGUGAUAGGAUUAACGAGAAGAUGCGUGCUCUCCAAGAACUCAUACCAAACUGCAACAAGGUGGACAAAGCUUCGAUGCUAGAUGAAGCAAUAGAGUAUCUAAAGUCACUCCAACUUCAAGUACAGUUCAUGUCAAUGGCGUCUGGUUACUACAUGCCACCGGUUAUGUUCCCACCGGGUAUGGGGCAUCAUUACCAAGCAGCAGCAAUGGCAAUGGGUAUGGGAAUGCCUUAUGCAAUGGGCUUGCCUGAUAUGAGCCGUGGUGGUCCCUCUGUUAACCACAGACCACAGUUCCCGAUCCCUGGGAUGCAACAACCAGUGGCCAUGGCGCUUCCACGUGUCUCUGCUGGUGGUUUGUUUAUGGAUUCCUCAACGUUGGAGAUGAAUAAGAGUGAUGAUGGUUCGACUAAAGAUCAAACGACGAUAAAGAGUAACAAUGGCCUCAGAACAAUUAAGAGAAAACAAGCGUUACCCGAUCAGUUUUGUGGACGGUCGUAACGUAAAAAAAGAAGAAAAAAAAAACUAACUUCAGGACUGGUGCACUAAUUAUUAUCAAUAGCAUUCAAAUGCAUAAAAUAAAUUUGUGUUCAUUACAUUAUAGAGUGUUUUGGUGCUUCUGCUGUGAUUAUUUCUUUGUUUUUGUUAAUUGUAACAUUAUUUUAAAAUGGAAAUUUUAUGCUGGUA